AUGGGCCGCAGCGCCGAUCCGACGCGCGUUCUGGUCGUGUACGGCUCGGAGUCUGGCAACGCACGAAGGGGUAUCACAAAAAUCGUCAAUAAGUGGAAAGAGAGCGGGGCCGACUUCACCAUCGAGGGCAUCGUCGCUGGCAAUAGCCUCGGGCAGGACCUGUCCGAGCUCAAGAGCCGCUGCGACGUCCUCCUCGUCUCCUGCUCCUCUUUUGGCGAGGGCGACCCGCCGUCCAACUACAACCACUUCCUCCUCGCCCUCUACCGAGCUGCAGAGGCAGGCGGGUCGCCGCUCGAGGGCGUGCAGCACGCGGUCCUUGGCUACGGCGCGUCGGUGUACGAGACGUUCCAAAACUGCCCGCGCCUCACCGACAAACUCCUCGAGUCGUGCGGCUCUCGCCGCCUCGCGCAGCGCGUCGAACUCGACGAGGGCUCCGAGGACGACCCGGUCGUGCGGCUAAAGGGGUUCGAGACGUCGGUGUACGCCGCGCUACAGAAGCUCCCCGCCGCCCACGCGCCGCACGCGUGCAAGUGGGACCAGCCCUGCGGCAAGGUGGUUGAGAAGAGCGAGGAGGACCUGCUCGAGGUGGCCGCCUUUGGGACGGGCGAGGAGGGAGACGGCAGGAUGGGCGCCAUGGCCUUCGCGGGGAUGGCUGUGGCGGUCGGCCUUGGCCUCGCCGGGUACAAGCUCCGCGAGCAGCUCCGGCAAGCGGAGGCGAUCUAG